AAGUUCACUCGUAUAUCUAUAGAGAGGUCGUACAGACCAGUAGGUAAAGCGUCGUCGUCACGGCAUUUAUUUAUACACAUAUAUAUAUCAAAUAUUGUCACUGUAUUCGUACGACGAAACUCCAAUCGCUUCGAGUUUAUGUGAACGACCGUUUGACUACUUGUUUCAAGAUGUGCAAAGGUUAGAUCUAGUGUUGGUGGAGUCUACGAUAAACUAUCAGUGAAGCAGAUGUUACUGUCAUAAUGUAGCAGGACAUUUUAAUGUCAUUAAUUUCCGUGAAGGAUUGACUCACAGGGUAAAAAGGCAUUCAUAGGAUCUCUGAAGAGGGUCUAUGGAUGCUACUAAUGGCCAGAAGCCCUUCGGUGGGCAUCCACCCACUGGAGGGACCACCGGUGUGGAUAAGAAUAAAGAGUGGCAAAUGGAGCUGCUCAUGGAGAAAUUGCGAUCAAAAUCAUCAGCACUGAAGAGUCUCGUGGAAACUGCUAAGAACUUACGAAUGGCAAUGCUCGACAAGAGGUUUGCCAUCGACAGCGUUGAGAAAGGUCAGCUACAAAAAUGUCUCGACACACUCCAACAUUCCAUCAAAGUCACAUCACUCCAGUCAAUGGUAGAAAGGCUCGAGAGUCUCACCAGGCAAUUAGGAUUGAAGUUUGCUAUGGUACCCAGUACAACUGAGACAGGAUUAUUCAUCUCAUCUGAUAUGUUUUUCCUGGAGGUGCUUCUGGAACCCUCUGGAGUCGUUAAGGAUGUGAAAAUUCAACACGAAGGAAAGAGCGAACAACAGAGCUGUGAAGAACUGGUUUCUUGUCUCGAGAGAGGUGAUUUUGUAGAUUUCACUGCUCAACUCGAAGGGCUUGCGUCGAUUUAUCAGCUGAAUGCUGAUAAGAAAGUUAAGUGUAAAGCUUUCAGUGCUUUGCAGUCUCUGGAAGCGGAUUUGGGGGUUUUAGCGCAAUUACAGACUUUCAUGAAGGAACCUUUCAAUCUCGUUCACAAAAGCCCAGUUGGUAUCCUCGAGAGGCGAAAAGGUGGUCACGCCAUGAAGUUAACGUACUUCGUCUCGCCUUACGACUUGAUCGAUCUGGAGAAUCGCAUAAGCGAUCAACUAACACCGGAAGCAGUGAUAACUCGUAAGAUUGGUCACUCAGUGACAGUUUGUCUCGAAGGUUCAACAGCCCACAAGCUCCCCACAACAAGUAUCCUGACAGUGAAUCGUUCAGCAACGGGUAAGAAUACCCCAUCAUACGCCCCCUUGACAGGUUCAAAUUCGUCAAUGCUGCCAGCUUGCUUCGUUCUGAAGCUCGCGAAGAGGAUGCCAAUGUGCGUGGAACUCCUGAAUCAAAUCCAAAAAGUCACUGAACUCGAUUGUAUCGAUGUGUCCCCACCUCAGCCCCUCUUAAGCCUCAUCGUCCAGCACUCGAGUCUCGGCCAAUUGGACAGUAGAAACAAUCGUGGAUUGUACGUAACCCUUCCUGACCAACAGCACUGCUACUUCAUGACCGAGAAUAAGAGCAUGGAGGGUGUCCUGGUGGGUAGCAUUCCCUUCACUCAUCCAGCUCACGUACCACGAAUUCUCGGUUAUCUUCGUCAACAAGCCCUCUUCAACACUCUCCUCACCAGUUGUGUUCGGCCAAUGGCACGUCACGAUCUCGAACACACGACAAUGUUGGAAAUAAGUGCCCUGUCAUGGCAGCAUGUGUCAAUAAGCCUCGAGCAUCCGUUUGAGGAGACAAUGGCAACAGCUGAACUCGAUUUAUCUGAUAUAUCAGCUGUUAAAUGCAAAUUGUACGGUGUCAGUGUAAGUGAUGAUGAAAAAACUGCUGACGUAAUAAGUAAAGUAUUGCAAAGGUGCCUUAAUAUACCAGUAACAAUGAGAGCACUCAUCAACACUUGGGAAGGACGUAAUUCAAUUCCAAUGAGUAAUAUUACCAACAGCGGUGCUAGUGGUGGUACAACAAAUGGUGGUAAUUACAGUGGUAAUUUACAGGGACCCCAGAACGGUCACGAUGGUAAUACACCCAUGGAUUUUACAAAUGGCGAUAGUAAUAUUAAAGUUGAGCCUGGAUUGAAUGGUAAUGGUAUGAGACAGCAAAUAACAAAUCAACAGCAGCAGUCUUUUUUAGAUGCCGGAACGGAGAAUAGUAUCGGGUUUCCGUCGUUUUCCGGCCAAUCCGAUACACAAAAUACGAUGUUAAAUCCAUUGCAAUUGGGUGCACUACUGCAAGGAAAGAGUUCACCAGUUGGUGGAAUGUCCUCGACAACACCAACGUCGGAUAGAUCGAAGAAAAAUAGAAAAAGAAAGGCAGCGGAUGGCAUUUGGAGAAGCCCCAAGAGUAAGACUGAUGAUUCAGGAGAAAUUUUACUCGAGAGCUCGAGCUCUGAUUCAACACCCCUGGGUACACCAACAUCUAGAGAUAAUGCUAAUGGUACAAGAACCCCUACGCCUACGUCAGCAGCUGUCAGUUUGGUCACUGGAUUGGAUCUUUCAAAUCUUGAUACUAGUGAUAUUGUCAGUGGUGACACGAGAAGUUCCACUGAUUAUGAUGUAGAUAAUGGAUCUGAGGUGAUGGAGGUUGAUGAUUUGCCUGAUGAUUAUAACGAAAUCAUGAAGAAGGAGAGAAAGUCGAGAAAAAAUCGAGAGGAGAAGAAGAGCCCGAAUGUUUUCGAUGAGAAAAGUAGUUUGGUGCCUUCGUCACUCAGUAUAACACAGAUAACAAAUAGUGGCGUUACUAUCACACCAACUAGUUAUAAUUCAGUGCUACCUGGGAUUAGUUUGGAGAGAAGACCUGGGAUUGAGUUGAUUCCCAUAACAUCUACGUCUUUAUCCAGUUCUGUGACGAUCACUCCGAUCGCUCCAGCCACGAUAAAGCCCAUGAAUCCGGAGGACAGAAGGGAUAGGAAGAAGAGUGACGAUAAGGGAAGGAUGGAGAAGAGGAGGAAACGAAAGAAGGAGGACAGUCCCAUGGGGCCACCUGAGAAACUACCUAUUAAGUCGCAGGAUCCAUUAUCCAAACCAAUUUCUGUCAGUAUUAAGCCAGAGCCUCAGCAGAAUAUUUCGAGGCCAUCGUCACCGGCCACGAUUAAGCGGUUUAAUCCUUCGCCGACGCAUACGAGUCCGUUAGCGCUUGUUGGGAAGUCAUCGCCGGGGGUUAAGUCCUCGUCGUCGGGAAACAGCACACCCUCGUCAAGCUCUUCGACUUCCAGCAAAUCCUUGCCGAGCCCCAAACAUUCACCGGUCUACAGCAGUCCGAAACACACGUCCUCAGGUAUAUCUGCCAACGUAAGCCCAAAACACGGCACAUCAUCCCCGAAGCACGGGAGUUCUGCCAGUUCCGGGAAGCCAAGCAUGUCUGCCUUGAAAUCAGCAACCAACAACUCUCCCUCGAGCAAGAGCAGCGAUCAGAGCUCAUCGAAGCCAAAAUCCUCGAGUAAAGAUCCCUUCAGAGACAAAGACCGAAAAACCGCAUCCUCUUCGGCAUUAUCCUUCAGUGGUUCUGGUCACCAAAGUCCAAAGACAAAAUCCUCAAGUAGCAAAGUGAAGUCAAUCGAUCUUCUUCCGAGCUCAGAGGCCCAAUCAUCGCUCCCCGGUAGUGGAAGCAGUACUCCACCUUCUGGUAGCUCCGACCUAAGUAAAUCAACAUCGGCCCAGCAACAAGCGAGGAACCGUAAAGGCUCUCUGAGUGCUGUGAUCGAUAAAUUGAAGAACGCUCAACACGUCAGCGACGAGGGAAACGGCAGUGGUAAAUCCGGGGAAUCUAACUCCAAGGAAAGACCUCCAACCUCAUCAACGAAGAGCAGCGAGGGUAAGAGUGCAGGAAAAAACAGUCCGUCGACUGAUAGCAAAAAUCCUGGUGAGUACAUGGUAAAACACAGUUCAGACGGAAUGAAGAUAACGAUCAACAAGACGAGGGCUAAAGACUCGAAAACUGGCAACAUGAAGAUGUCCUCUGGUGGAGGGAGAGACUCAGUGAGCUCAUCAGGAUCGUCGUCAUCGGGAAAUGGAUCCCCGAAAACUCACACUGGACUAAAGCCUGGGGUCAACUCCGGACCGGCUUCGAAGAAGCCUCAGUCGCAGUCCUCUCUGAAGGGUCAACAAGCCAUGAAUGCUGCAGGUAUGUCGAACAAGGUCGGUUUGCCGGGUCAGAAAGUCUCAAUGAAGUCGACCUCAGGAUCAUCGAGUGGAGGUGGGAUUCUCACGAAAAACAUCACAUCAAAAUCGUCAGGAUCACCGAAAAUGUCGAGCUCAGGCGCCACUGAUCUGAGCAGAAGUCGCGACAAAUCGCGAAUGCCAAAGUCGGGGGAGAAAUCUGGGGGACUGUUUGGAUCAAAGUCGACGGAUAGAAAGGCCAGUCCAUCAGCUCUGCGAGAGGAGAGUGAAACGGAAAGGGCCUUCAAACUUCUUGCUGCACACGCAUCAAUGUCCAGUGUUCCUCCUCAGAUGCUGGUCGAGGGUCUCAUCAAACAGCAAUUGGACACUAAUUUUCAGAUACCAAAGUUGUCAGCGCGAAACACAGACUCGGGUGAUAAAAAAUCAACGAGUGAUAAACUGCCAGCUUCCGAGCACGGCGGAAACAAAUUCUUGGAGGGUUUGUCGACGAGUAAGAUCGAUUCUAAGAUUCAGAACGUGAAUAUGUCGAGCUUGAAAUCCUCAGAUUUGUUGGAGAGACGUGAAGUGACCCAGAAUAAGUCGGACAAUUCAUCGACUGUCUUGCCACUGAUGAGCAUCAACGUACUUGAUGGAUCUCUUCUAAAAUCAUCAAAUGUACCUGUUACCCAUGACUCCGAUGUACCCACGAACUUGUCGAUGCAACCAGACGUGGAGACAAGGGAUGUCUGCAAGGAUUUGACAAUGAACCCUAGGAAUUCAACUCCUCAAUUUCUGAAAAAUAUUCCAACAGGUGAUGGAAAUGAUGAUAACAUCCUGCCUCAUGCCGACACGUCGGACACUAUUGUCUCAUCAAAGACAUCAACCUUUCCCCCGUCAGAUUCCUCAUUAUCUGCUGCCUCGGAGAGCUUGAAUCUGUGCACCAAACCAGCUGAUACUGCCUUGAGCAAAUACAAAUCAGACGAUCGUAAAGAGAAAACUUCAUCAGUUCUUCCAAUGUCUUCAAAUACAUCAUUGUCGAUAGAUGCACCUGUUAAAUCAACGACUCCAGUGCCUAGUGCUGAUGCGAAUGAUAUGCUGUUGGAUUUUUCAACACCGAAGGAUGUGGGAAAGGUUUCGUUGUCGAGUAUUCCUGAAAGAGCGAUGAGCCUUCAAACUCCUGUCCGGAGAAAUACUCCACCUCCACCUCCACCACCGCCAACAUUUCCACCGAGUCCAUCAGUGUCUGUGCAUAUUCUCAAGAGUCCAGUUCCAUCACCCAGGGUCAUUCCACCAUCACCGCAUUCAGCAGCAUCGCCCUGUAUUACUGAUGAUGAACUUAUGGAUGAGGCACUGGUGGGAUUAGGAAGGUCUACGAAUGCUUUGUAACUUCGCUUCAAUUCCGAGAUAUUUGUCAAAAAAGUCAGAAAUGAAGUUCUAAUACAGAAUGAGUAAGUUCAAUCUCAGGGUGAUUUAUUGGUGGAUAUCUCUGAAUUUGAGCCCGAGGGGAAUUAUCAUUUCACUGAAACAUUCUGGCAGGUAAUAUGUGAAUUGGCCAUUGGGCCCAUUGUGUACAAAGGUAAAUUACAGAGAUUCCUCAAUUACUGUAAUUGCUGUCAAACGAAACUAUCGAGAUGAUUUUCGAAAAAUACUCCAGUUAGGCCUUAGACUUAAACAUUUGCCUUAUUUUCUUGGAUUUUAGUAUCUCGUUUUGUCAGAAUUUUCGAAUAUUAUGUUGAUUUUUGAAGUCUUCCAGGAGAUGAACUAAAAAUCUGAAAAUGAAUCCUCUAAAUUUUUUUUUUCACUUUCUGUUGCAACUCAUUUACCACCCGGAUCGUGAAUAUUGAUUUUCUAAAUAAUAUGAAGGUCUUCAAUCAACGAUAAUAGUUUGUAAAUGUUAACCGGUUUAAAUCGUCGUGUGCUUCCCUUUGACAAUAAUACAACAAUUAUUUCUCCCUCGAUCCUGCGCCCAUGGGUACGGUAAUAAUACUAAUAACAUUAUUUCUCCGUUUCUCACUUUUUUAACAGUUAAACUCGUGUUUGUGAGUACUGAAGAGUCUGUCGGAAUAAAUUAUUUAGAUAGGGAUGGAAAAAUUGUAGAAUAAUUGUUGCCGAUGACACGGAGAUUGAGAGCUUUGAAUGACGAAAAUGUGGUUCACUAUAAAAGUUCAAAGUAACAAAUUUUUAAACUAUGUACUGCCCAAUCGAGAAAGAAAAAUACAUUUCCAACCCAAUUGAUGGCACUGAGAAGAAGAUAUUUCAUUAACUUGUAAAAACUAUAGUGUCUACGUAUGCAAAAUGCGAUAGUACAUGUAAAGUAAAAUGUAAUGGAAAACUAAUGUAUAAAAAAACGACAAAAAGAAUAUUGAAAAAUAAUACAGAGAAGGAGUGAGUAUGUUUACAUGUAUAUAUAUGUGCAUAUGGUAUGUGUAUACAUGUACAUAUACAUAAUCAUGACGUAUUAUCUUUUUCUUCCGGUGACCUAUGAUUAAUGAUCUGAGGCUCGCGAAUAAAUAUAUUUCCUUGUUUUAAAAA